UCCAGUCCGCCUGAUGCAACAGCGCAUGCUCUAAACCGUUUCUUGCCGCGAUUCUUCUCUUGUACACAUUGUGCCUAUCACUUUGCUUCCGCUACGGCCAACUUGGCCCGACCAAACGAGUCUCUUUUGCCGAGGCGACGUACAACCAACCACCCUCCUGGCCUUGAUUGGCCAAAGGAUCCCACUCAGCUACUAGCCAACUUACCUAUUCGGCCAAGAACUGCGGAACAUGAGGUGCUCUGGCUCAACGAGGUACAUAAUCUUGUUAACAUGCGCAUUGCAAAGCUGCCCUCAGCAGAUCCGGCUGCACCAAAAGUCAUCUAUCCUCCACCUGAACUCUGUCCUAAUUGCUGGUCUGCACAGGCAUUGCAUAAUAGCCAAGCACCCUCAUUUAAUGGUACACCGGAUCGGAAGGAAGAGCUUCUUAACUUCCUAGUUGAUCGCUUCAGAGUGUCGCAUUGGAGCCUGAAUUCUUUACCUCCAGAAUUACUUGCUCUGGAAGAUUCCACGUAA